CGCAACGGCUGCGCUCGGCCCCUCCGCGGAGCGGAGCCUGGCCGGAGGGGGCGGGAGCCCCCGGCCGCCGUGCCAGCGGCGUUGGGGGAUGGCUCUGCCUGCGAGUUCCUGCUCGGUUACAGGAUGGAAAUUCCGGGCCUCCCCGGGGAGGGAGCUCGGGCUCCGCGCGCUGAAAGGCUCAUUUAUCGCCGCGCUGCCGCCGAGCGCGACGGACGCGGCCCGCCGCAGCGCCCGCUCCCCUCCGCUCCGCGCCGGCCCGCCCGCCGCCAGCACGGCCGCCCCCGCGCCGCCCCCUCGCGCCGCCGCCCGCGCCAUGCGCUGCGCCAUGCGCUGCGCCCCGGCGGCCGCCGCGCUGCUGCUGCUGCUGCUGGCGCUGCUGCUGUGCCCGGCGCCCGGCGGCGCGGAGGGCGUCAAGGGGAAGCAGAAGGCGCUGCGGCAGCGGGAGGUGGUGGACGUGUAUAAUGGAAUGUGCUUGCAAGGCCCCAGCGGAGUUCCUGGGCGCGACGGGAGCCCUGGAGUGAACGGAAUCCCCGGGACGCCCGGCAUCCCAGGGCGCGACGGCCUCAAGGGGGAGAAGGGAGAGUGUAUGCGAGAGAGCUUCGAGGAGUCCUGGACGCCCAACUUCAAGCAGUGUUCAUGGAGUGCACUGAAUUACGGCAUAGAUCUUGGGAAAAUAGCAGAAUGUACAUUUACAAAGAUGCGCUCUAACAGUGCUCUUCGAGUUCUCUUCAGUGGAUCACUUCGGCUAAAAUGCAGAAAUGCCUGUUGUCAGCGCUGGUAUUUUACUUUUAAUGGAGCGGAAUGUGCUGGGCCACUUCCUAUUGAAGCCAUAAUAUAUUUAGAUCAAGGAAGUCCAGAACUGAAUUCUACCAUUAAUAUACAUCGAACUUCUUCAGUGGAAGGCCUGUGUGAAGGGAUCAAUGCCGGGUUGGUGGAUGUUGCCAUCUGGGUUGGCACUUGCUCAGAUUAUCCAAGGGGAGAUGCUUCUACUGGAUGGAAUUCAGUCUCCCGUAUCAUCAUUGAAGAACUGCCAAAAUAAUGUUCCAAGCCCUUUUUAUAACCUCUCCCUAUUUUUUUUUAUUAUUUUGUACAAUUUUCUUCAAAAUUUUUUUCUAUAAAUUUGGGUGCAAGUAUUUGACUAAAAUGCACCAAACUCUUGCAUCUGUAGUGUUUUGUCUAACUUUUUUUUGGCACACUGAAGGGGCUUUUAUAAUAAUCAUUUUAGAAUAUAAAUAUCAGAAAUACAUUAGUUUCCUUUUUAAAUUCAUUGUUUGGAUUGAAAUAUGAACAUGUAUCACCAUUUUAAGAGUUGUAACUAACUUUUUAUAUCAAAUAAAUAAGACCUUUUACAAAAAAA